AUGCCCAGCGAAAUAACAGAAGACACGACGAUGCGCUCCGGGGCGGAAGAAGAUGAUGCACCAUCAAAUUCUGGUAGUGGCAGUGGAAGUGAGAGUGACGGGGAGGAGGAAAAGAUAGAAUGGCUGGCGACAUCCAGGGCAAAACGGUCCACGGCGGGAAACAGACUUCAUUCUUUAAUACAACAAGAAGAACCUGAUGAUGAACUCGAACUUCUAUUCGCAGAAGCAGACGACGACGAGGUUUUUGACGAUGUUGAGAUUGAUUCUGAUGUACAGAUGGACUCAUCUGAUGACGAUGACGAUCAAGGGCCGGCAGCAGGCGCGGAUGAUUUGGAGGGGGAGAAGGAAUUACAAAAGCAGAAUAAAGCAGAACAGAAGGCGAAGCGGCGGAAAUUGAAUGAUGGCAUACCAAAAUUGUACAGGAAAAAGGUCAAGAUAGACCCUACAGCAUCACAGGCACAUACCAUGGCACCAAGGCCAAAGAAAAAAUCAGAACGAGCUUCAUGGAUACCAACACCAGAGGAUGCGCCAACUCGAGCAUCAGCAAGAGGGACGACGAAGCAGAGUAAACAGCAGUUACAUCAACAGAUGGUGGAAAGAGAGAUCAAGAGACUAAAACAACUGAAGAGUAUGGAGAAAGCUGCUGCGUUGAAGGAAGCUGCAAAAAAACCACCAAUGACACAGGCCGAUAGGUUGAAGCAAGCAGCCAAGGUGGAGAAAGCGAAUGCCAAAAGUCUGAGUAAAUGGGAAGAAAUGGAGCAGCAGAGAGAGGAGGAGCAACGAUUAAGGCUUGCGGCGUUGCAAAACAGAACACUAAAAGGGCCAGUAAUUACAUCUUGGAGUGGAAUGGCAGAAUGGGUGGGAGGGAAAUUGAAAAAGGUUGGUAGGAUAUUUGUCACCAACGACGAGCCCAAGGCGAAGCCUACCACCAAGAAGAGAAAAGCUGCAGAGAUGGAAGAGGCGGAGGCUGCAAAGUCGAUCACGGUUUCAACGGAACCAAAAGCAGAAUCUCAAGGACUUUCAAUUACUACCCCAUCAGAAACCGUCCAAGCCUCUGUUGAAAAAGACAAUAUUGAUCCCUCCUUAUUAUCAAUAUCAAAUCCUAAAUCUUCAUCAACCGCGUCAGCACUCCCAGAUGAUGCUACGCCAAUACAAGAAUCGCCAAUUCUUGCACCACCAAGACCUCCUUCGCCAAAACAAGCGACUCCUGUUUCAGUAACUCCAGAACCACCAAGAGUAUCAUCAGUACUUGCUCCUCCACCAAUGCAUGGUCCAUAUCCUCCUCCGCCAAUACCAGGUGGUCGCGUUUCUUCAGUCCUUGCUCCCCCACCAAUGCAUGGUCCAAUUCCACCUUAUCCUGGUUCAACUCCUUCCCAUCCUGCCUUCAAACUCGCACCCCCAAUCCAACCUCACUUUGAUGGAUCAACCCCUCUCCCCGGAUUCGGAUACAAUUUCAUGUCACCGCAACCGCAAUAUCCUACUCACCCCCCUCACCACCCUGCCAUAAUCCCUCCACCCCAUUUCCAACCCCAGAUCCAAGCUCCCACUCUCCCACCACCCCCUCCUCAAUCCCUCACCCCUCCGCCUCCCACCACCGAAACAACAGCGAUCCAAUAUCUCAUCCUCACAAACUUCUCCCCCGAAAAGAUUAAAGACAAAGAAAUCCAAACCCAGAUCCUCUUCCACGGUCAGAAAUUCACCAAAGCACCCAACACCCUCCCUACCCCCGCCCGCUACCACCCGCUCUUCACAGACCCCCGCAAGGGCGCGAAGGCCGUCGAGGAAAAAUGCGCCAUCACGAGCUAUGCGGCACGGUAUAGGGAUCCGAAUACGGGACUACCGUAUUGUAGUGGCCUAGCUUAUAAACGGAUUGAGCAGUUGACUGAGGGACGCUUUUUGUGGAGUGGGCUUCUGGGUGCGUAUGUUGGGGCGAAGGGUGUUGCUGCUAGGGGGGUACCGGAGAGGUUUUUGGGCGAGGUGAAGGGCGAGGGCGGGAGUUAUUGA